AUGAAAAUAGAAGAAGUAAAAAGCACUGCAAAGACUCAAAGAAUAUCAGCACAUAGUCACAUAAAAGGCUUGGGUUUAGAUGAAAAUGGUGUUCCUAUUCAGAUAGCUGCCGGUCUCGUGGGUCAGGAAUCUGCACGAGAGGCUGCUGGAAUUGUCGUCGAUAUGAUUAGAAGUAAAAAAAUGGCAGGGAGAGCCUUACUAUUGGCUGGACCUCCAGGAACUGGCAAAACCGCCAUUGCUUUGGCUAUUGCUCAAGAGUUGGGAACAAAGGUACCAUUCUGUCCAAUGGUUGGUAGUGAAGUAUACAGUACAGAAAUCAAGAAAACUGAAGUUUUGAUGGAGAACUUCCGCCGUGCCAUAGGUCUACGUAUACGUGAAACCAAAGAAGUGUAUGAAGGAGAAGUUACAGAGCUCACACCAGUCGAAACAGAAAAUCCAGCUGGAGGAUAUGGAAAGACAGUAUCACAUGUCAUAAUUGGACUCAAAACAGCCAAGGGCACAAAACAGUUAAAACUAGAUCCAACAAUCUAUGAAUCUCUACAAAAAGAAAAAGUGGAAGUGGGUGAUGUCAUAUAUAUUGAGGCAAACUCUGGUGCUGUGAAACGUCAGGGUCGGAGUGACACAUUUGCUACAGAAUUUGAUCUAGAGGCAGAAGAAUAUGUACCACUACCAAAAGGGGAUGUUCAUAAAAAGAAAGAAGUAGUCCAGGAUGUAACUCUUCAUGACUUGGACUGCGCUAAUGCAAGACCUCAAGGCGGUCAUGACAUUAUGUCUAUGAUGGGGCAACUCAUGAAACCCAAGAAAACUGAAAUUACAGAUAAACUAAGGAAAGAAAUAAACAAAGUAGUGAAUAAAUAUAUUGAUCAAGGCAUUGCUGAGCUGGUGCCGGGUGUAUUAUUCAUUGAUGAGGUCCAUAUGUUAGAUAUCGAAACAUUUACAUACUUACAUCGUGCGUUAGAAUCUGCUAUUGCACCUAUAGUUAUAUUUGCAACCAAUAGGGGAAAAUGUCAAAUAAGGGGGACAGAAGAUAUAAUAUCACCACACGGUAUCCCCUUAGAUCUCCUAGAUAGGUUACUAAUAAUUCGCACACUUCCAUACAAUAAAGCUGAGCUUCUACAGAUCUUGAAAUUGCGGGCAAAUACUGAAGGUAUAGCUAUCGAAGAAGAGGCUCUGUCUGCAUUAGCGGAAGUUGGUGCUAAAAGCACAUUAAGGUACGCGGCACAGUUACUGACGCCCGCCAUGUUAUCAGCGCGCGCUGAGGGCGCGUCCCGCAUCACUCCAGUUCAUAUUCAGGCCGUCAAUACGCUGUUCCUUGACGCCAAGUCAUCCGCGCGUAUUCUCACGCAACAUUCCGAUAAAUACAUGAAGUAG